AUGGGAGCGAACUUCGAAGAUUUGCUUUACAAACCACCUGUUGAGACACCAGCUAAACCCGUCGUGAAGAAAAAACUAAACAACGCGUUUGUGAAAAAUGACACAAUCAAAGUUGAUGGAAUUCCACAUUUUGAUAUAACGAAAUAUCCUUUGAAGCGGAAAACAGCAAACGCGAUCGAGGAUGACUUCAAAGACAUUUUGUCGAUGAAAUACAUGAAAUAUAUUUACGAAAGGGACGGGUAUUGGAGAACUUGGCGGGAAAUUAAAUAUCCGGAUGGGAAAAAGAAGAUCAUUUCUUACAAAAGUCAGAGCAUAGUCCCUAUAAACGGUAGUGAGUGUGAUAAUAGAGGCACUUGGGUUAUAGAAGAAGGAAAUCCGCCGUGUCCUUUUGAAUUGCUUUCGGUGAUAAAUAGCGCAGAACUGUGCGCAAUAAAUUACUUGCGAUUAAAGGAACAACAUGGGCCUUGUCCGUCGAUUAUAAAAUUUAUGGAUCUGACGGGCACUUGUAGUAAUCCGAUCGUCACAAGAUGGCGCAUCAGUCGAGAUUACACAGUUUCUGGACGAUUUAAAAACAAAGUUUGUGGCGGGCGGGACUUUUGUGAUAUCGUAACUUUGUAUCAAAUACGACCACAAGAUGUUAUAUUCAGAAUAAUAAAUGAAAGUAAUAUAAUUUAUUCGCGCGUUAUGAGGAGCGGUAAGAAGAAUUAUGCCUGUGUCGAGCAAUGUGGUGAUAUAAAUCUAAAAACGUUUCGAGUCACACCAUCUAAAUUGAAUGAAAAACCAAAUAAAAAAAAUAAAAAUUGGAAAAUAAAAAAUAAUAAAAACAAGAAUAAAGAAAUAUCGUCUAAAGUAAAAGAUAUCGGCAAGAGGAUUGCGACUUUGAAUGUCAAAGGGAAAACGAAAAAACUGAUAACUAUUAAUUCUAAUAGUAAGAACAAUAAAAUGAGUAAAAAUCCUUUGCAUGAGAGGUUAAGAGUGGACAACUUUUAUAACUCUGGGGUCAAACAAACACGGGCACCAAUAAUGACGAUUACGAAGGCACAUUAUAAGAAAAUAGUAGGAAAACAUCCACAUGAGAGUGAAGUUAUUGAAACAUACUACGACACAUAUGAAACAGAAGAGAAACCUGAGAAAAACAUUAAUAAUUACGAUUAUUAAAAUUAUUAUUAUUAGCCUGUAUGAUCCCACUGCUGGGCAAAGGUCUCCCCCAUAUCUUUCCAAGUAUCCCGGUUCUGUGCGAGCUCUAUCCAGUCUUUUCGAUAACCGUCGAGAUCAUCGCGCCAUCGUUUCCGGGGUCUAACACGUCUACGGUGUCCGAAAUUACGUACUUAUUUUUAUUAAUUAACGUACUUCGUAGAUGC